GUGGUUUUCCAACAAACAAAGGCAUGAGCUGGGCCCAAGCCAUCCUGCUGGCCCGGGGCCUGUCUCGGGGCUGGGGAGGCAUCUGUGGCGCUGCCCUCACGGGAGCACCCUUCUCUCAGGACUUCAGGCUGGCUGUUGGGGGCAGCAAAGCAGAAACUCUAAUCCCAGCUCUGCCACUCUGCAGCUCUGUGACACCAGGCAUCCUACUUCACUCCUGUGCCUCAGUUUCUUCAUCUGUAAAAUGGGUGCCCUCCCAGGGUCCCAGGGGCCUCCACUGCAGCUCAGCCGCCCACAACUCUGACUCAUCUCUGGUCCCACGCCCACCUGAGCCCCUGCGGAAACCCGCCAAGACCCUGGCACCCCACGAGGAGCUGUUCAGCCAGGCGCCGGAUGGGGCACGGGACAGCUUUGUGCGGGCCCUGCAGAACUUCGGGCAGCACAAUGUGCACAAGCGGGGCCACGUGGACUUUAUCUACCUGGCCCUGCGCAAGAUGAGGGAGUAUGGUGUCGAGCGGGACCUGGCUGUCUACAACCUGCUGCUCGACAUCUUCCCCAAGGAGGUCUUCCAGCCUCGCACCAUCUUCCAGAAAAUCUUCAUCCACUACCCCCGGCAGCAGGAGUGCGGGAUUGCUGUCCUGGAGCAGAUGGAGAGCCACGGGGUGAUGCCCAACAAGGAGACGGAGUUCCUGCUGAUUCAGAUAUUUGGACGCAAAAGCUAUCCCAUGCUCAAGUUCGUGCGCAUGAAGCUGUGGUUCUCCCGUUUCAAGAACGUCAACCCUUUCCCAGUGCCCCAGGACCUGCCCCAGGACCCCGUGGACCUGGCCAGGUUGGGCCUGCGGCACAUGGAGCCUGAUCUCAGCGCCAGGGUCACCGUCUACCAGAUGCCUUCUUUGAAAGACUCCACAGAUACAGCGCAUCCCACGGAGCCUCACAUCGUAGGAAUCCAAAGUCCCGAUCAACAGGCUGCCCUGGCCCGCCACAACCCAGCCCGGCCUAUCUUCGUCGAGGGCCCCUUCUCCCUGUGGCUCCGCAACAAAUGUGUUUAUUACCACAUCCUCAGAGCUGACUUGCUGCCCCCUGAGGAGAGGGAAGCGGAGGAGAUCCCGGAGGAAUGGAACCUUUACUAUCCAAUGCAGCUUGACUUGGACUACGGGAGGAGCGGCUGGGAUGACUAUGAGUUUGACAUUAAUGAAGUGGAGGAAGGUCCUGUCUUUGCCAUGUGCAUGGCGGGUGCCCAUGACCAGGCCACACUGGCCAAGUGGAUCCAGGGCCUGCAGGAGACCAACCCAGCCCUGGCCCAGAUCCCCGUGGUCUUCCGCUUGGCAGCAUCCACCGGGGAGCUCCUGGCGUCCUCAGAAAUAGAAGAGCCGCCCCCGCCACCACCCGAAGGGCAGGAAGAAGAGGAAGAUGAUUCACAGCGACAGCAGCGGGGCCAGAGCUGAGCCUGAGCGGACACAAGGGCACAGGCUUGGACUGCUGUGAAAGCAUGAGAUGACCUUUGAAUGUACAACAAAUAAAAGUUUUCCGGCGUGGGGCUGCCUGCCCUUCCCUCCUCUG